UAGAACCAUAGUCAAUAAUUAUAUAUUUUGAUUGGGUUUUUUCAGGUAUUUAUCAGUGUUAUGCAUUUAUCACCGUUAUGCCCCAUCGGGGUAUCCUUUUUUCUCCCAUUAUAUAUCCACGGCAUGUGAUCAACUCAUUGUUAUGUAUUUCCUCUCAUUACUAUUGCUUCAACGUUAUAAUAUUGGCAGUGACACUCAAUUAAUACGAGGAAAUAAACGCUGCUGUCACCAGGCAUGCCCCUGGUCAACGCACAAGGCACGUCCUUGGCUAUGUAAAUACUAAAUCAUACACCAGGCAUGCCCCUGGUCGGCAUCCGAUCCGACGUUAAGUAGGUCAGUACAAAGACCCACCAGGCAUGCCCCUGGUCAACGCACAAGGCAGGCUAAGUAAAUAAUAAAUCAUACACCAGGCAUGCCCCUGGUCGGCAUCUGAUCCUACGCUAAGUAGGUCAGUACAAGCACACACCAGGCACGCCCCUGGUCAUAUCAAUUAAGGCACCAGGCAUGCCCCUGGUCAAACACACAUCAGGCAUGCCCCUGAUCACGUCUCACAUUGAUUACACAGUACACUCAGGGCAUGGCCAAUCCCGCCCAUUCUAGGACAGCUUCCCAUAUCUAUCACACACCAGGCAUGCCCCUGGUCAACCCACUUAAGUAUUAGACAUGGUACACACUAGGCAUCUGGUCAUCGGCAUCACACGCCAGGCAGGCCUUUGCUAAUUAGGUCCUGAGAAGGUACCGUUCACACACUAGUGAGCCCCCAGUCAUUUCUCGGGAAUCACGUAUAGGUACACCUCAGACACAUAUCGAAUACACACCAGGCAUGCCCCUGGCUGGCCAAAAAACUAAUCUCACAGUGAUACACAACGGGGUUUAUCCAUAUACUGACGAUCUACGGACAAUGGAGUCUUACCGGCACAAUCGAACAGCUGUCACACAACAAACCCAAUCACAUUCCCCACUGUGUGUGACAGCGUGGACUAAGGAGCUGCAAUCUCAUCCAGACAUAGAGUUUAAGGAAUACUUGACUCACGGUAUGCGAUAUGGAUUCAGAAUCGGUUUCGACCCCUCACAACCGUUACGAACUACUCGCACCAACAUGCCCUCCGCUAGACUACAUCCAAACGUCGUACAAGAAUACCUUGACCACGAAUGUCACGAGGGUCGUGUGAUAGGCCCCUUGGCUAUCUCCGAUCAUCCAGAGGUACACGUCAGCCGUUUUGGGGUCAUCCCCAAGAAGCAUCAACCCAACAAAUGGCGCCUCAUUCUCGAUCUAUCUCACCCAGACCGCGAUAGUAUCAACGACGGCAUCGACAAACAACUCUGCUCCAUGAAGUACGCUUCCAUUGACGACGCUGCUCGUAUCGUGCAUGCACUAGGCCGAGGCAGCCUCAUGGCCAAGAUUGAUAUAGCACAUGCAUACAGAAUAGUGCCCAUCAGUCCAUUGGACCACCAUCUCUUGGGGAUGGCGUGGGGCGACUCCCUUUUCAUAGACACGGCUCUACCUUUUGGGCUUAGAUCAGCACCAAAAAUAUUCUGUGCCAUUGCCGACACUCUCGAAUGGAUUCUCUUCAACAAAGGCGUAUCCACAUGUUUGCACUACAUCGAUGAUUUUUUCACUGCAGGACAGGCAGGCUCGGGAGACUGUCAACAAAACCUGGGGUCAAUCAUUGCCACUUGUGAUCAGCUGGGUAUCCCUCUGGCAAAACACAAAGUUGAGGGCCCAGUUACAGUGAUGACCUUUCUGGGCAUCGAAAUUGACACUGAUCACAUGCUUCUACGACUGCCAACAGACAAACUCGACCGCUUACAGGCACUUGUGACAAGCUGGAUUUCAAGAAAAGCAGCCACAAAAAGGGAGAUGCUGUCACUCAUAGGGCAACUCAGUCACGCAUGCAAGGUAGUGAUUCCGGGCAGAUCCUUUUUACGCCAGCUGAUUGACCUAGCAUCAUCCCGUCACCAACUGGACCACUGGAUACGUCUUAACGAGUCGUUCAGGGCAGAUCUGUACUGGUGGCACCUCUUCCUGAGGAGGUGGAACGGAACAUCGUUAAUUUCUACACAUGCAACUUCGGCGAACACGAUAGUCCUGGUGUCCGACGCCUCAGGCACAUGGGGAUGCGGGGCCUUCUACAGCAGAUCGUGGCUACAAUGCCGGUGGACACACUCGUGGGCAGACAUUAAUAUUGCAGCAAAAGAGUUCGUUCCAAUUCUAUUAGGCCUAGGAACAUGGGGUCACAAAUGGACUGGCUCACAUAUUAUUCUCAGAUGCGACAACAUGGCGGUAGUAUCUAUUAUCAACAACAAAAAAUGUUCAGACAAACUGCUCGCCCAUCUGUUACGCUGCUGCCAUUAUCUAUAUGUGCACAAUUUGACAUCACUGUCACGGCUCAGCACAUACAGGGAAAACUAAACACAGCGGCAGACGCCCUUUCAAGAAAUAAGGUACAAUUAUUUCAUCUCUCCGUUCCACAGGCA